AUGUACGGCGAUUGGGAGGGGAUCGUGCACCCAUCCGGUGUCAUGUACUAUUUUUCCGACAAAACGAAGACAUAUACGGGAACCGAUAUAAAGAGAUACCCGCACGAUCGACUACGUAGCCUAGAUAACUGGAUAGAUGCAGCAUGCAGAAGACUGCAGGAAGAUACCUGGCUCCUGGUGGUCGAGCCCGUUUCAAAGCAGGACGGCGAUUACUAUGAAUACUACUGUGCAGACACAAAGCAGCACGUUAUUGCUUGGUUUAAUGCGUUUGACGCAAGUCUACUUUUUCAGGAGUGCACGUUCGCACGGGAGUGGAACCAUAAACGUCUUGAGCUUGAGGCACAAUUUUGGAAGCAUGUCGAUUUCUUUCCACAUCAUUACGAAAUGAGGCCUUCUGAUGCGAAGGAGCUACAAGCUCACUUAGAAUGGUUUUUAGCAGAAGGACUGACCUUGGAACAAUCGACUGCAGCUUCGUUGUUUCGCAAUAACGAGCAAACGGAGAAGAUAAUAUCUCAUAUUGUUCGAUUCGAGGGCAUCAAGCAAAAGCGAACACUUCCCCUUUUAUUGGCAACUGCUGCAAUGUUUGGAAUGCCAGCACUUGUGUUGGACCAUAUAGAAAAUAUCCAUGUAGACGGUAUCAUCAACUUGCUCGAUAUCAGGCAGUUCAUUGACCAUUUCAACAACGAUAAUGUGAAAUACAGCACUUUGGUAUGUGCAUUUUCCCAUAUUGAAAUCGGAAAGAUGUCCAAAUUUAUGUCUUCCAUUAUCGAGGUGGGUGUUAUCAUGGCGGUAGAUGCUAGCAUACUCGCUAUUCCAGAUAUUGGAUCUCAAGCGAUAGCAAGGACCCUAUGUUCUCUUUCCCUUAUUUUCAGUGUCCAUUGCAUAUUCGCAGGUAUCGUUGCUCGACACUUCAGUGAAAAGAUGAAGUCUCUGGAUUUUGCUUCUCAGCAUCUCAAUGACAAUCGUACCAGGGUUGCGGUCAUCUACAGCGCUCCUGCUCUAUUAUGA